AUGAAGAUCGUGUCCAUUUUAUUGCCAACCGUCGCGUGCGUCCAGCUUGCCGUUGGUUACGUGAUCGUGGACCGUGCAGAGCAACGGCCCAGCGACGCAGCGAACAGUCUGCAGCCAGUGGCCGGUCAGAUCAAGAAGCUGCUCGAGCUGUACUAUCUGGUGCAGGUGGUGCGGUCCUAUAGGCGACCGGCCUACCAGGAACCGACCGCACUGCUGUCCGCCCUGAUCGAUCGGCUCACGAAGGAAGAGUUGCGCCGCGAGCUGGAACGUUUGCUGGCCGGGGUCGACGGGUUCGACGAGGUGUUCGAGCUCGGUCUCUACCCCGAUCCGCGCGAUCCGGCCCAGGAGCAGCUGGCCAACGAUCUGCGUCUGCUGCUACCGAUCGUGGUACGAACGAUGGCCGGGCUGCGGGACGAGAACGCAAUCGACGGUGGCCGGCUGUUGGCGGAGGAUGCGCUGCAACGGGGGCUACGGGAUGCACUGUCGGACUUCACCCGGAACACGCCGUGGAUGAGCGUAGAGCAGGCCCCGGAGAGUGGCGUGCUAGAGGAGUCGGUCUACGUGACCGAGAUCCCGGCCGCUUCCGAUCAGGCGUCCGUGAACGAUUACGAUCUGGACAACGAAGUGGAAGACGUUGCCGUCGAGAAAGGGAGGUUAGAGUUCUUUCCAGCCGGAGGAGAUUUAAAGUAUGAGCUAGCAACGAAGGCUGACUCCAGCGAAGUGGUCGACGGACAAACGGACAUAGUGGUGCUCAAGGAAGCCACCGAGGGGAACGACCCAACGGAUCCGUUGGACGGACAAGAAGAAGGCACAACCACGAUUGCACCGGCGAUGGCCGUGUCGGUGAGGGAUCCGGAAAUUUCCACACUCAUCCCGCACAUCAUCGAUCAGCUGCGCCAGGGCAACGUGACGGACGAGGAAAGGGAAGCGUUGGCGAACAUCUUCGGCGAUCUGUGGCCGUUCAUGCAGACCGAAGCGGGCCGUUUACGACAGCCCGAGAACCCUUAACUCGAGUCCGACCGUAAAAGUGGCGUGACCCCGGCAGGCUACCUGGUGUGUGUAGAAGAGUUGCCGGCGGGGGCCGGGAUCAGUUGUGUAUCAGCACUGCAGACGAAUAGGACUCGAGUCAGGAUGAAGCUGUUACUGUCGUGGAUCGUGCUCCUGUGGUGCGUUUUGGCGUUGGGCCCAAUUGAAACAAUGAUCGUUACACGGAGAG